AUGGAGGCCUACUUCCAAUACCGUCGCUUGCAGCAAUCGAACCAGGAACGGAUUCAGAGAAAGGAUAGCCAAACGGAUUUGGAAAGCUCGGAAAGUUCCGACGGAGAGAAGGCCUCGACUUCGAGAUUUGUCGAAUUCGAACAUUGUGAUCCAAACGACCCCAGGCAGUGGGAAACAAGAUGGAAGCUAUUCUAUACCGUCAUCAUAUGGCUCCUCGUAUUUGUGACAGGAUGGUCAUCCGCCGCGGAUUCCACAUCCCAUGAAGUUGCGGCAAGGCAUUGGGGAGUUUCGGAGGUAGCAGAAUCCCUGGCGGCGUCAAUGUACCUCUUUGGAGUUGCUUUUGGCGCUGUCGUCGCGGGACCGUGCAGCGAGACCGUGGGCAGGUUGCCAACCUACUUGGGAACUUUCGCAAUGUUCUUAAUCUGGACGAUGGCAUCAGCCCUGGCGCCUACCUUUGGCGGACAGAUUGUGUUUCGUGGUUUGGCCGGACUAUUUGCUUCUGCUUCGAUGAGCAUCUAUGGUGGCAGUCUUGCCGACAUGUUCGAAACCAAGACUCGGGCUCUCAUCUGGCCUUUCUUCGCUCUGGCUCCUCUUCUAGGGCCGACGAUUGCUCCCAUUGUUACCGGUUGGUUGACACAGGAGCUGGGUUGGCGAUGGGACGACUGGUUCACGUUGAUCAUCUCGGGAGCAGCUUAUCUAAUGGCCAUGGCAUUUCUUCCGGAGACAUUCCAGCCGAUAAUCUUGUCAUACAAGGCUCAAAUGCUUCGCGAGAUGACAGGAGAUGCCACAUAUCGAGCGGAAUUUGACGAGUCUACGAAUCUAUCCCAGAGAUUGGCUGAGAACUUUCGACGAAUCGCUCGCUUCACAUUUCGGGAGUCUACGACGGUGCUGUUUGGAUUAUAUCUGACCUUUCUCUACCUGCUCAUAUAUGGCUUUCUGGAAGGCUUUGACUACAUUUUCACAAAGACCUACACAUUCAACAUCGGACAGAGAUACACCGCAUUCGCUGCCGUUGCCGUUGGCAUUGGUCUUGGGCUUCCAUACGUUGUGGUGGUCAACAGAUUUGUUACUCGCCGUGACCAAACCCGCACCAAAGGGAACGGCCCGCUACCUGAAAGUCGCCUCAUACCGGCUGUAUUCGCAUCGCCACUGCUGGUCAUUGCCAUGUUUUGGCUUGGCUUCACCAACCGCACCGACAUCUCGUACUUUUCGAGCCUUGGCGCUUGCUGUCUAUUCGGCUUCACUCUAAUGGCCCUUUUCACUCCGACAUACCACUACUUGCUGGAUACGUAUGGUACUGUGGCGUCAAGCGCAUUGGCCGCUAUUACGUUUAUGAGAUAUCUAGCGAGUGGUGGAAUGGUUAUUGCCACUGAGCCGCUCUAUACGGCGUUGACGGUCAAGUGGGUGCUUGUAUUGUUUGGAUGUAUCGCUGCAGUGCUAAUGCCGAUUCCUUGGAUCUUCUGGUGGUUCGGUGCGAGAAUGAGGAGCAAAAAUCCGAGCUAUCUGGGAUGA